GUGCGUGCAUGUCUGUGUAAGUGUGUGAGUGAACGCAUGUGUGUGCACGUCACAGCUGGGUAUAUAAGUGCCUCUCUCCCUCCUUCCUGAGAAUACCCACAUUCAUUCUCCUCCAAGCUCACAAAACAGAUUAAGUUCACAUUUGCAGGAUGAACAGCGGGGUGUGCGUGUGUGUGAUCCUGGCUGCGCUUUCUGCCUCCUGUUUGGGUCGGCCCCGCUCCUCUUCCCCUGACACUGAUGACAGCCCGCUCCCCUCGCAGCUGGAUGCCAGUUUAAGUGGGCACCACCGGGUCGUCCGCUCCACCAGCCUCACCCUCAAACAGCAGCCAGCAGACACAGACCCAGACACCCGUGCCAACCUCAGCCAACUGCUGGCCAAACUCAUCUCCAAAAAAGGUUCUGUUCAUCGCAGCUCCUCCAAGAACAACAGAGCAAACAGCAUUAACCACCGGAUAAAAGAUCGGGAUUACGUGGGCUGGAUGGAUUUUGGCCGCCGGAGUGCUGAGGAAUAUGAAUACUCAUCAUAAAAUCCAUAUAUAUCACCUGGUUCCUCAUCUACAAAUAAAGAAUAUAUUUAUUACUA